AAAAGAGGCUAGGCGUCGUUGCGAUCCAAGGCGGCAGCACGGAGCGGUCAGCGACUCGGCUGUUCGGAGGAAGCCCAGCGCCGGCGAUGGCGAGUGCGAACCCGGCGGAGGCGGAGGCGGCGGGGCGGCGGGACGAGCUGUCGGAGUCGCUGGCUGAGCUCUUCACCAACGUCUCCCUCAUGGUCCGCGGCGAGCUCCAGGGGACUAACAAUCAGAUGGCUCUGCUUGAGAAGAUGAAUGACCGCGUAGCGCAGGAAUACAGCAACUAUGGUGACAUUGCCGCUGGCCUGCGAGUCUUUGUAGAGCAGCUGAACGAGAAAAGCCGAGGCUUCGAUGAUUACGUGUCGCAGAUCGAUGCGAUAGACCAACAGGUGACUGAGUUCGAGGCAGUGGUGUCCAUGCUCGACAAGCACGUUGCCCUCUUGGAAAAGAAAGUAAAAUCGGCCUAUCACAUUUCUUCUACCCAAUGAUUCCCAUCCACAAACCACUAUGGUCUACGCAGUUUCUUUUGCCGACACUUGAGCUUAUCCAAGGAACAUAUUAUAUUCUGGAUGAAUGAACAGACAGCGCUGUAGUUGCUAAGUUUCCACCAUUGCAAUGAUGCAAUCAGAUUGCAAGUUGUGCUUUACUGCUGUAGUAACUUUCAGACAGAUUAGCCAGCAGUUGGGGUUUUGUCCCUCACAGUAGUAGUAGGGUAUUAGUGCCAGGAAAUUGAUGCAUGGGUGCCGGAUUCACGGGGCCUUAAAUCAUUGCCUACUGUUGCACAAGAAACAUGUCCCUGUUGUGUAUAGUAAUUUCUGGAUCAAUGGGCGAACUGCAUCUUGCAGUGUACGCGCAUGCUACCAAGAUUCCUGCAGAUCUUCGGUCUAUGAAAUAGUAGGCUGCAGGAGACUGGUCAAUGACAUGUGGAGGCUCUGGAGCUGAAUCCUCUGGUACCAAAAAUUCUUGAGCUGGAUGAUUUCACAUGCAGAUGCAGCUUGGCAUCUCAUGCUUCUUUUAUAUAUACUUAUCAUUGCCGUCGUGCUGCCUGUACUGACUACCAAUUGCUGGUUUUGUUUGAUAAAAAAAAAAAGUUGCUGGUUUUGUGUUGGUUCUCA